AUGAGUAUCAGCGCCUCCCCUAAACGCGCCCUUACUAGCCAAGGAGCCGCCGCCCUCGCAUCACACGCGUAUCUAGUCACCGACCUAGUUCUCAUAGGACCACUCCUAGAGGAAUACUACUCCAUUUCCUUCCCUCACCUCAAGACCCUCAAGAUCGAGACCUCCGACUCUGAGGACCUGAGCUUGCUCUAUGUUGCCCUUGUCCGAUCCAACCCAACGGUCCAAGACUUGACCUUGCGCGCAACCUCGUCCAAACCCACCAACGAGUUCUGGGAGGUUAUCGAAACCGAGUGGAUCCGACCCCGCUCACUCAACAUUGUCAUUCCUGUAGUCGAGUCCGGUCAGAGCACUGCCUUCUGGCGGGCCUGCUCUCGCUUUGAGACCCUCACCAUCAACAACGACGACAUUCCCUUCUUCUCUCGAGGUUUCAAUAGUAACACUAUAACUUUCCCGCAACACCAACCUCAACCACAACCGCCAGUGGACGCGUUUCCCCAUAUUGAGCGACUGGCUUUAAAGUUCAACCCCACAGGGCAUGGCAGAAGACCGGACCACGUGGAAUGGAUCCGGCGGUGUCCUCGGCUUGUCCAUCUGGCCUGGAACUUCUUCGGUUGCUGGUCACCCGUCAAGCGGCUUGUCACCGAACUCAAGAAAACCACAUGGCCCAGUCUGUCUAGUCUCCGCCUCGAGCAGUCUAUGCACACCGACAAGGACUUUUCAGAUCUGGUCAUCUCCCUUCCUCAUCUAAGAAUUCUUGAACUUUCUCAGUCAACCUUUGGACCCCUGUCCUUGGCAGCUCUCGUGGCCCAUCCACAGAUUCAGAACCUGCACACUUUCUCUGUCCUGGGUUGUGAUGGGUUCACGGGAGCCAUGGCCCAAACCGUCCUGGAGCAAUGUACAACCCUGGAUACCUUCGCGGCACCCUACAUUAGUGUACAUGAUGUAGCCCACGAGGAUAGCCAAACGUGGGCCUGUGUCCACACUCUACGCCAUCUUACCAUCUAUAUCACCUGUGGGUCCCAAAGUACAAUCGAGUCCCGUCAAAAGAUGUUUCGCCAGCUUGGUCUCCUCUCCCGCCUUUCCCAUCUCGACCUGGGUGCCAGCCGUCUCAGUAAGCUACCUAUCCAAAUCAAAACCCAGUUCAUCAUCCGCGAGAGUGCACUCUCGCUCAAACUGUCGUCCGACAAUGGUGGACUGGCCAAUUUUGCGGGGCUGACACAGCUACGGCAUUUCAGUUUUCAACAGACGCCGCAGUCGUUGGGGAUGACGGAAGUACAGUGGGUGUUGGACCAUUGGACGAAUCUGGACAGGAUUGUGGGACAGUUUACCAAUACCGAUAUUCCGUACUCAAGGUUGUUUGAUCUCUUUCAGCAAAACGGUAUCGCUUAUAAUGAAUGA